AUGUUGACCUGGUACCUGGUCCGCAUGAGAAAUCAAACCAGAAACCAAUAUCCUGAACUGGUUGAUGAACAUCCGAACCUCCUUGAGUUGUCGGAUAUUAACAGAUCCGAGCAAGACCACGACUUGCAGAUCCAAGAUCAGCCAAGAGAAGAAUGGGUGGUUUCGAUAAAAGACAAGAUGGAGCAAGCACUUAGAGAUGGCAGCACAACUAGCUGGGACAAGCUAUGUAUCUACAGAGUUCCAACAUACCUUCAAGAAAACGACAAGAAGUCCUACUCCCCUCAAACCGUCUCGCUUGGUCCGUACCAUCAUCGCAACAAACUUCUCCAGCCCAUGGAGCUUCACAAGUGGCGUGCUGUCAAUAUGGUCGUGACACGCACCAAGAAACGCAUCGAAACAUAUGUUGACGCCAUGAAAGAGCUCGAGGAGAUGGCUCGUGCUUGCUACCAAGGCCCCAUUGCGUUGGACAUUAAUGAAUUCACAGAAAUGCUUCUUCUUGAUGGAUGUUUUGUUCUUGAGCUCUUCAGAGGAACUGAUGAAGGAUUCCAAAAAAUCGGAUAUGCACGCAACGAUCCGGUUUUUGCCAUGCGAGGAUUGAUGCAUUCGAUUCAACGUGACAUGGUAAUGCUGGAAAAUCAGCUUCCUCUGUUCGUUCUCGACCGGUUGUUAGAACUACAGCUUGGUACAACGAGCCAAACCGGUUUAGUGGCGCGUUUAGCUGUUCGGUUCUUCGACCCAUUAAUGCCAACAACAGAGGCGUUGACCAAACAGAAACAGUCAACAUUCAAGCCCUGGCUGCAAGAAUCCUUGAACUCACUUGGCUACAAGGACGCCUUGCAUUGUCUUGAUGUGUUCCGUCAAAGCCUCCUCGAGUUUAGUCCGAAAGAGAACCCAAGGUCUCCUCAGGACACGGUCGCGGUGAACCUUGUGGACAAGCGAAAACAAGAACUCGUGCAUUGCGUGACCGAACUAAGAGAAGCUGGUGUUAAAUUCAAAGCAAGAACAACCGACCGGUUUUGGGAUAUUCGUUACCAUAACGGUUGCCUUGAGAUACCCAAACUACUAAUCCAUGACGGUACCAAGUCACUCUUCUCGAAUCUUAUAGCUUUCGAACAGUGCCAUAUCGACUCGAGCAACGACAUAACAUCAUACAUAAUCUUCAUGGAUAAUCUAAUCAACUCUUCCGAAGACGUUAGCUACUUGUACUAUUGUGGUAUCAUCGAGCAUUGGCUAGGGAGUGACGCUGAAGUUGCGGAUUUGUUCAACAGGCUAUGUAAAGAAGUGUUUUUUGAUCCCAAAGAUAGUUAUCUAUCUCAACUCUCUGAUGAGGUUAACCAUUACUAUAGCCGUAAGUGGAAUACUUUGAAGGCUACUUUAAAACACAGGUAUUUUAAUAACCCUUGGGCAUAUUUCUCCUUUUUUGCUGCUGUUAUUCUGCUAAUUCUCACAUUAGUACAGAGUUUUUAUGCUGUUUUUGCUUAUUAUAAGCCACCACCUUAA